AUGGCGAAAACUCUCUUAUUGUUUUUUCUCUUUCUCCAAAUAACCUCUUUCAUAGCAUUUGCUGAAAAGCUAGAAACUCUUCAUCACAAACCAGCAACUCCACAUCAUUCCCCAACUAAGUCACCUGUUCAUAAACCAUUAGCUAGCCCACCUCACCACAACCACUCACCAUCCCAUGCACCUUCUCAUGUUCACACUCCUUUACAUCCUCCUCACCCUGCUAAACCCCCGACCCAUCACCACCACCAACAUCAACAUCACUCACCAUCCCCUACGCCUUCCCAUGUUCACCCUCCUUUACAUCCUCGUCACCCAGCAAAACCCCCAACUCAUCAUCAUCAACAACACUCUCCUGCUCAUUCCCCUAUUAAGUCUCCGGUUCACACUCCUUUACAUCCUCCUCACCCUGCCAAACCUCCAACCCAUCACCGCCACCAACAUCACUCACCAUCCCCUGCCCCUUCCCAUGUUCACACUCCUUUACAUCCUCGUCACCCUGCAAAACCCCCCACCCAUUAUCAUCAUCAUUCUCCUGCCCAUGCUCCUAUUAAGCCUCCGGUUCACAAACCUUUACUUCCUCCUCAUUCUGCAAAAUCCCCAACCCACCACCAUCCUCCGGCUCAUGCUCCUACUCACACACAUGUUUCGAGAAACUUGAUAGCUGUUGAAGGAGUUGUUUAUGUCAAAUCAUGCAACCAUACUGGUGUUGACACCCUAAAGGGAGCUACACCACUUCCUGGUGCCAUUGUUAAGCUCCAAUGCAACAACACCAAAUACAAGUUGGUCCUUAAAGCCAAGACGAAUAAGAAAGGUUACUUUUAUAUUGGAGGUCCAAAGAACAUUACAGGUUAUUCAACUCGCCAUUGCAACGUUGUUUUGGAUAGUGCACCUAAAGUACUAAAACCUUCAAAUCUUCAUGGUGGUGUUAUUGGGGCUCUUCUUAAGCUUGUAAAACGAUCAAUGUCUAAGGGUGUUUAUGUAAAACUCUUCUCUGUUGGGCCGUUUGCUUUUGAGCCCAAAUGUCAUCAUUAA